GGUUACUGCACCUCCCGCAAUAAUGUCUAGCGCAAAGCCGGCUCUCACUACGGACAUCAGCAACUAUGGUGAUACUGGCCACGGAGACCCCACCCAGACAAUGAAAGCCUUGACGUGGCAAGGAAAGAAUGAAGUGAAGCUUGUGGAAACGGCUCGGCCAACCAUCGUGGACGAUGAAGAUGUGAUCCUGAGGGUAACAGGAAGUACCAUUUGUGGAAGCGAUCUUCAUCUCCUUCACUCGGCCAUACCUGAGAUGCACAAAGGCGACAUUCUGGGCCAUGAGUUCUGCGGGAUUGUGGAGAAAGUCGGCCCCAAAGUCAAGAAACGCAAGAUUGGCGACCGAGCCGUCGCUUCCUUCCAGAUUGCCUGUGGGACAUGCUACUAUUGCGAAAAGAAACUGUCCUCGUUGUGUGAAAGAACCAAUGGCAGUGAGAGCGAAAAGGCUCUUUAUGGCCGCCGAACGGCAGGUAUGUUUGGAUAUUCACACUUCACCGGAGGGUUUGCAGGGGGACAGGCGGAGUUCGUGCGGGUUCCCUUUGGGGACGUGAAUCUACUGCCGUUACCAGAUGAUGUACCGGACGAACAAGGGCUCUAUCUAUCCGACGUCUUGGCCACGUCGUGGAAUGCUGUGGUUGAUACCGGGGUUAAACAGGGAGACACCGUUGCCAUCUGGGGAGCAGGCCCUAUUGGGCAGAUGGCAGCGGAGUUUGCGGUUGUGAAUGGCGCCAGCCGAAUCAUCCUGAUUGACGGUGGAGAGGGACGAUGGCGGCUCGAUUUUAUGAAGACAAAGGUUCCGAACUUGGAGACGAUUGACUUCACCAGACUUCCGAGCGGAGAAACAGUGGUAACCUUGUUGAAAAAAAUGUGUGAUGGGCGCGGUCCAGACAUCGCAAUUGAGUGUGCCGCUGGCGAGUAUGCAAAGGGGUUGGGCCACGCCAUCCAGAGGACAUUAGGCAUGGAGAACGACACAUCGGAACUCUUGAACGAGAUGAUUGAAUCCGUUCGAGGCUUCGGGUGUUGUGGGGUCACCGGCAUAUAUACCGGCUAUUGCAAUCACUUCAAUAUUGGGUCCUUGAUGGAGACGGGGAUUCACCUGAAUGGAAAUGGUCAAGCGCCGGUGCAUAAGUACUGGAAUGAACUACUCGCCCUCAUCCAAAAAGGGACAAUCUGCCCAUUGGAUAUGGUCACUCAUCGCUUUGACCUCAACGAUAUGGAGAAGGUCUAUGACUUAUUCAACCGUCGUGCAGAUGGCAUGCAGAAGGUUUUCAUUCAGACGAGGUUUUCAGCCCCCCGAGAUCCCGCUUCACCUGCUUUGACUGUGUUUUGA